CCCUCCGCUCCCCUCCACUCCUCUGUCUCCUUCCUCGGAUUCGUUCAUUCUCGAAACGUCCUCACAGUAUCGCCAGAUUUGAUCCAUUUCUUCCUCCAGCAGUUGCUGCAUACUCCUAGACUAGAUAGCUAGACCGAUCUGUAUCGAUCGGCAGCCAUGGCGGCGUGUAGAGGCGGCGGCGCCCGGGACGUGGACCGGAUCAAGGGCCCCUGGAGCCCCGAGGAGGACGACGCGCUGCAGCGCCUCGUGGGCCGCCACGGCGCCCGCAACUGGUCCCUGAUCAGCAAGUCCAUCCCGGGCCGGUCCGGCAAGUCGUGCCGCCUCCGGUGGUGCAACCAGCUCUCCCCGCAGGUGGAGCACCGCCCCUUCACCCCCGACGAGGACGACGCCAUCCUCCGCGCGCACGCCCGCUUCGGCAACAAGUGGGCCACCAUCGCCCGCCUGCUCUCGGGGCGCACCGACAACGCCAUCAAGAACCACUGGAACUCCACGCUCAAGCGCAAGCACAGCUCCGCCUCGGAGCAUGGGUCCCCUGCUCGUGACGCGGCCGACGGCGAUGACGGCCGGCCGCUGAAGCGGACCAGCAGCGACGGGGGCCACACGGCGGGGGGAUUCUGCUUCAGCCCCGGGAGCCCCUCCGGGUCCGACCUCAGCGACUCCAGCCACCAGAGCAUGCCCUCCGUCAUGCCGUCGGCUGCUGCGCAGGCGACGGCGCAUGUGUACCGCCCGGUCGCGCGGACUGGCGGGGUGGUCAUGCUCCCGACGGCAACGGCGCCUCCUCCCAUGCCAGAACCGGCGUCUCCGCCGCCGCCGCCUCCUCCGGCGACGUCCCUCUCGCUCUCGCUCUCCCUGCCCGGCUUGGAUGCUCCCGGGGCAGCCCCGGUGGCUUCAGCGUCUCAACAGAUGCCUCCGCCCAUGGCACCUCCUCAUCCUGUACAGCCCGCCGUCUCAGCGUUUCAUCAGAUGCCGCCGCCGCCGUCCAUGCCGUUCCAGCUCCAGCCGCAACCGAUGCCGCAGCCCCAGCCGCAGCAGGCCGGGGCCUUCAACGGGGAGUUCCUGUCGAUGAUGCAGGAGAUGAUCCGGAUCGAGGUCCGGAACUACAUGUCCGGCUUCGACCCCCACUCGUCGCCCGCCGACGGCGUUCACGCCGCCAAGCGCAUGAUGAGCAUGGCCAAGAUCGAGUAGUGAGCACCGACGGAUCAGCUCAGGAACAAGAUCAGUCUGCUCAACUCGAGAGAAGACAAGAAGAAACAGAGGCGGCAAGUGAAGAGAAGAAUACGCAGCAGCUCGGCGUCCAGUUUAGAUCUUCCCAGCAAUAAUUCCGUAGCUCCUGGUCUUAUCUAGAGGUCUUUGUUUUAGGUUGGUUCACUUCCAUUCUUUUUCCUCCUCAAGCUCCAAGAUGCCCGUGGUAGUUCGUUCUCCGGUGGUGAUCAGACGAAGAAAACUUCGUCUGGCUGGAUCUGCCACUCUACUCCACAAAUAAGCUAGCUCAAGAGUUCUUUUUUUGUACAGAGGAAAACAAAUGAAAUGAGAAAGAGGAAAAAGAGAGAGAGAGACCAAGUUGGUUGAUCA